UCUUUGUUUACCAAACUGAAACAGCUGACAGUUGAAAACAAUUAUUUCGUGAUUUUGUAAAUAUUACUCAAAUUUAAAAAUGGAGGAACAAGAUGUUCAAGAGAAACUUUACGAAGAGGCACACAAGAAAGUUAAAUUGGGGGAGGAACUAAAAAAAGCGUUAAUUGACUUUGAGGACCUUCCCGGAGUCAGUAAAGUGCAGAGAAAAAUUCAACAGGAACUCAAAUUUCUAAAUAAGGUGAUUACUACAAAAUCGGUGAAAGAACACCAUAUAACAAGUAGUAACUUUGUUUACUAUGAUUUUCUGAUUAAAACUCUGCGUUUGCAACAAGGAGUGGUGGACAUCAAUGCCGUUUUUCGCCUAGAAUCCCGAGAUAAUCCUUUGCGAGUUGACAUAGUGGCCAAUAAUGGUCUCAAAUGGGUCAAGGUGAUAGCCAGGAACUCGAAGUCCGUUGAGGAUGCGGCCAAAGGAUGUGUUAGCAUCGGGGCGAGGAGCGUUUUGGAUCAGGCAGAGGACUACUUAGAGGCUAGUGAGCUCAGUUUCUGCAUGUUCCAGAGGCCCAAGAUAGUCUUUUACUUCUCCAACAAAAUCGAGGAUUCUCUGCAUGAAGAACUUCUAGAAAUGGGCGUGCAAACGGCAUCUUUGGAAUCACCAGAUAGUGAUUUGGAUCAAUAUGCCACCACCUCGAAUGAAUUGAAUCUGGAUGUGACCACUCUACUGGCCUAUGUGAGUGCACUGACCAAUGGAUCUGCCAAUUGGGUGUACAAGGAACCACUUCUCACCGAACAAGCCGAAAGGGAAAGAGCCUCGCCACUUAAACCUCUGCUAGAGAAAAUUCUAGAAGGAAAAACCUUAGUUUGCUGCCAAUUAGCCUACGAUGCCUUCCAAAGUAUCCUAGAUAUUGUGGGGGGCGAGGGCGAACGAAAACGAGCCGAGGAGCUGAUGAACAGGGUAACCGUUUUUCCGGAUGUGGAAAAUAUACCCGAGGAGUUCUCCCACAUACGUUUCACUGCCAAUGUGAACGAGCGAAGUCUCAAAAUCUUUAGUUUCGGCAUGGCCAGACAAAUUUUCACCGUGACUUCGAACAAGGCUUUUGUUAGAUCAGCUAAAAUGCAGGGUAUCAAUGUGCCUGUGUUUGUACAUGCUUCUGUUGCUCUUACAGAGGGAAAACAGGCCACAGGAAGACCGCUUUAAAAGACAAUAAAUGUUAACUUUUUAAAUAUUUAUUAUGUGAUUUUUUUUAAAACAUUUUGAAUGGAAAUAAAUUUUAAUCGUCAAA